AUGUGCAAUCGUUGUAAACGUCGCCCAUUGUUAAUUUUACUUUUUUUUACACAUAUUAUUUUAUUUUCAACUUAUACUUUUAUACAGUACCAAACAUCUGAUCGUCUUCCAGCUAAUCUAAUUGAAAAAACUGAUCGAUCACACUUGAAUAAGAAUUAUAGAAAUUCAAAAAUUCAACAAAAAAUUGAUCUAUCUCCUACUAAAGGAAAGCUUGAAUCACUUAAUGUUUCAUAUGUAACAGAUAUCGAUCAACAAGAAACAAUUGUUCAAUGUUCAAUUUUACCAACGAAUUUAGUGGGUCGUGUUGAAGCCGAUUUGUUCUCAUAUGAAAUGCAAGAAAUCGAAAAACAUCACGAAAAUUCUAGUGUUCAAGUUGGUGGUCAUUGGUCGCCUUCUCAUUGUACAUCUCGUUAUCGAGUCGCAAUUAUUAUUCCAUAUCGCAAUCGAGAUAUGCAAUUACGUAUAUUUCUUAAUUUUAUGCAUCUAUUCUUACAAAAACAGCAAAUUGAUUAUCAAAUUUUUCUUAUUGAACCAGUAGAUGAUAUAACAUUUAAUCGUGCACUUUUAUUUAAUAUUGGUUUUAAUGAAGCAAUGAAACAUUAUGCAUGGGAAUGUUUUAUUUUUCACGAUGUAGAUUUAAUACCGGAGGAUGAUAGAAAUAUUUAUUCAUGUCCACCAGAACCACGUCACAUGUCAGUUGCUGUGAAUACAUUAAAUUAUGAACUUCCUUAUCGAACAAUUUUUGGUGGUGUUUCAGCUUUAACGAUUGAACAAUUUAAAUCUGUUAAUGGAUUUUCCAAUCAAUAUUUCGGAUGGGGUGGUGAAGAUGAUGAUAUGGCUGCUAGAAUAUUAACUAAAUAUCGAAUAUCUCGUUAUCCAGCAUCAAUUGCUCGUUAUAAAAUGUUACGACAUCAACCAGAUACACCAAAUCAAUCUAGAUAUAAAAUUUUGGGUUUAAGUAUUGCAAUGCGUUCAGUUGAUGGUCUUUCAAAUCUGCAAUAUACAAUGAUCGAAACUCGCAAAAAUAAAUUAUUUACACUUAUUCGAGUUACCUACAAUGAAGCAUUAAUUAAAUCUGCUGUUGCUCAUAUAAAAAAGAAAAAUGUGAAAAUGAUACGACAUAAAACUGAACAAUCGGCAAUAUAA